AUGCCGACGGGGGCCGUCGGCAUCGCCAGUUAUUCUGUUAGUGCGCAGUACCUCGCACUCUUCCCCGGCGACGACCGCGACCCUGCCACGGGCUGCCUCUGGUGGCUCAACAACCUUAUCCUCCUCCACAACCACAUGCUGGAAGCAAGGCUGGAGGAGCUCCGCCGCGACCACCCCAGCGUGUCCAUCACCUAUGUCGACUCCUACGACAACGUCCUGGGCCUCAUCACCGCGCCUACACAAAACGGGUUCGACAAGGAAACGGUGCUGGAGGCGUGCUACCCCCUCUUUACUGCCGGGCAGGUGGCGGUGCCGUGCCCGGACCCGUCGAGGCGCGUGUCGUUCGACGGCCUGCACAUGACGGAGGCGGCGUACAAGCUCAUGGCCCGUGGGAUGCUCGACGGACCGUUCGCCGUGCCGCCCAUCAUGUCUACAUGCAACCACGGCUGCUAG